AUGGGUUUACUAAAACCGAAUACCAACACAUCUGCUGCCGACCAAAGGACAACUACGGAAGAAAGCCUGGACGAUAAAACCCCCAAUCCUCAUAUCGACGAAACCAGCGCCCAGGAAGUCAAACCUGACAGAAAGGAGAGGCGUAAGUUGCGGAGCAGACUGCGUAGUCGUCACCAUGCUUCUUCUAAGACAACUAAUGGUAGACGUGAUGAUGUUGACCUUACCGCACACGUAGUUGUUCCUGCACCAAGCACACUGGACUGGGUCACAGACUGGGAUGCACUCAAAACUCCUUUAAUUACACGCCAAGGCGACGUAGACACCCAGAGUAUUUGUGUUUGCGAAGAUAUAGAUAGGCGCACAGUUUCGGAACCAUAA